UCUGGACAGCGUCUUCAGGAUUCUGCCGUGGGGAAUGGGGCCUGCUUCACCCCUGCCUCUACCGGCCCCGCGAGCCACCUGCGUGGUGCCUGCCGCCUUCCUGUUGUUCUCGCGCCAGGAACACAUUGGGCCGCAUCUCGACCGAGUACAGCGAGGGCAACUUAAUCACGACGACCAACGGACACCCUUCAAGGAUGUGGGCGUGCGCAUCGCCCUAAACGUGUCGGUGGUGGAGCGGUGCAUCUUCUGAACUGACCAGAAGACCAAGACCGGGGUUUCCUCAAUCGCUCCUAUGUGCAGCGGAUCGUGGACUCGGGACUGAUUGGGCCGGACGGCAUCGCUGUUGACUGGCUGGGCAGCAACAUCUACUGGUCCGAUGCGGAGUUUAUAUUCUGGAGCACCGGGGGCAUUGAUCAAGACGGGCCAGAGCCGCAGCCUCGCCAAGGACGGGCCCUGCAUCCCCCCAGCUACGACAGACUGCCCGAAUGUGCCGCUGCCGGUGUCCAGCAAGAAUAUCCGUGCCCAGCUUCUUGGGCGAACUCGCAGAAGGCGAGGCGUCUGUUCUUCUCGACAGAUGUCGGCAGCCAGUCGGAGGGCCGAGGCCCGAGGAGCUGGCCCAACAGUCCGAUAUACCAUGCGUAUCGAAGUUAUAGACAUCAAUGGAAAGAACCAAAAAACCCUUGCUUCCAUUGCCGCUUUGGGGAGAUUUGUGUACUGGCUGGAGGACAAGACCGGACUGGAGAGGAUCACUGUCAACAAAGAGCGUCAUUCCGUGGAGCUGCAUCGUCUGUCGCAGUUCACCGACAUCCGGGCCGUGUGGACACCGGAUGCGAAAGUGCUGCGCAAUCACACGGCACAGUCGCCCAAGUUGUUUCCACAUCUGCAUAGCCAGCGGGGUGUGACACGCACUACACGACGUCUGCUCGAGCACAAGCAUCUGAUGCUACUGGAGGACUAGGAGUACUACGGCGUGUAUACGGCCAGAUAAUUUUAAGUGGCGGGAGUAGUUACAAUACAACGACUGUAUAUCCGACUUCUGGCGCUGUGACGAAAGGGCUGCCCGACGGAUCAGUUCAGCUGACAGUCAGCCGAGGGCAGCGACAAGGCUCUGAUCUGGGAUGGUAACACAUGUGACAACUGUGACAAUGUCUGUGGCCGACUGCUGCAAGCGGCCAGAAGACUUUCAGCUUUGCAUCGGCCGCCCUGCUCUGCGAUGGCUGGGAACUGUGCCGAUGGUGCGAACGAUUCGUUCGAAAUUUUUUUUGCAGGCGACGCAUGGCCCACCUUUUAAGGUGCCCCUUACUACUCGUCCUCCAUAGCCUCUGAAAACGACGCGUGGUGAAGGACCUGUGAAGGCAUCUCCGCCAGAGGCGCCGGUUCAGGAAUCGGAGCCGGGGCCUGCUCCGGAGCUGAAGAAGGUACUGUCGGGCUCCGGAGCCCGCAGCCGAGGAGCCCCCUACACAGACCGAGGCCACUGAGGAGGCCUACUACUAGAAUUAUAUCUAUGUUUAUGUGUUCAUUGUGACGAGCAUAAAACUCCCAGUCGUAAAUAGAUAACAUGGUUUAUUGUUACCAAAGUCUACUCUACAAUUAAACAAACUUGCUAGGACAUCUAAA